CAGAAAGUGGGAUCCAUGCAAUUCAGUUCUUAGAAAGCUAUUCAACCUAAAGGCACGUACAGCUCCACAUAGAUGGCUGAGAACAUUAAAUUCGAGGAAUUGCAGUUGAGUCAGCAGAAAGUGGGAGUUGGAUCCAGUGGGUAUGUGCUUCAGGCCAAUUGGCGUGACCAAGAGAUCGCGGUGAAGGUGUACGAUCUACUAUAUCAGAAGCAUAGGCAAACCGCAGAGAGGGAAAUUGCUCAGUUGUCCCAAAUCGAUCACGAGAACAUUGUCAAGGUGUACGGUUCGGCCAAUGAUGGUGGAUAUGGCUACCUGGUCAUGGAGUACUUGGAGGAGGGUUCGCUCCACAACUUUUUGCACGGCGAUGACCAGAGGGAGUACACCAUGGAGGAGGCCGUGUCCUGGGCCCGGCAAUGUGCGGAGGCUAUGACGUACUUGCAUUCCAUGCAGCCAAACCCGGUGAUGCAUCGCGAUAUCAAACCGCAAAAUAUACUGUUUGCGGAGACGUUAAGCCGCCUGAAGAUUUGCGAUUUUGGCUCAGCAACGGACGUGGCAACUUAUCUCUCAAAUAUGAAGGGCACUCCAGCCUAUAUGGCUCCAGAGGUUAUCCAAGACGAGAAGUACACGACUAAGUGCGAUAUCUACAGCUUCGGAAUCAUGUUGUGGGAGAUGAUGUCACGACAGGUGCCUUAUAGCCACUUGGAAAACCCCGAUAACGGAUGGGCCGUUCUGGAAGCCGUUAAAAAGGGUGCACGCCCUCUCCUGGAUGCAGUGAGAGGCGAUUGCUGGGAGGGCAUCAGGAAAUUGAUAGUCCGUUGCUGGGAUCCUGAUCCCGUUCGCCGGCCCACAGCGGAGCAGAUCGCGGAAUAUCUGGGCAGCCUGGGUGGAGACUUUAACUAUGAGGACUUCAUUCUGCACCUGGGCGAUGACAUCUUGGCCACGGUCACCUUCCCCAAGGACCCGCGUGGCAUUCGGCGCAUCAUGCGCCUUGAAUUUUGGCGCAGGCAGGAACGAUCGAUACGUUUGACAAUUCCGAUCCUGGAGCGGGAAACGGUGCGAGUGGGUCGUGUUGUGGGUCGUGAGGCAGCCAGGGUGGCCGAAGAUGUGGGCAGGGAGAUUCCCAGGGCGGCCAAGGAUGGGGAACGGGAAUUCCGGCGAGCGGAGAAGGAUGCGGAAAGGGAAACCUCAAGGGCGGCGAAGGAUACGGAGCGCGAAGUGCGGCGAGCGGAGAAGGAUACGGAGAGGGAAACCUCAAGGGCGGCGAAGGAUACGGAGCGCGAAGUCAGGCGAGCGGAGAAGGAUAUGGAGAGGGAAAUCUCAAGGGCUGCCGAAGAUGUGGGACGUGAGGUGUCCCGCGCUGCCAAGGAUGCCGGUCGGGAGAUCAAGCAAGCCGGGAAGCAUGUGGAAGGAGCGGUCAGAAAGCUGAAGAAGAAGCUGCGCUUCUGAGACCAAAAUAUGAUUAUUAAUUCGUUAUGGUAAUGUGUGCGGGAAUGAUUAAUAAAAAGCCGACUGCAUGCAGA